CCAGCCAAUCAAACGAACCCUUACAUGGGGCUGAAACUGUGCUACAUUGUCGCUGUUCAGUGUUGUCAUUUCCAAACAUGUCCAUCAUGUUUACAGCAGAUACAUUUUCUGUUUUAUUGUGAUCGUUGGUUUGCGUCACGAUGAGCAGCAUUUGCAGAGAAGUCGUCACUCUUCAGUUGGGACAUUAUUCAAACUUUGUCGGGACUCACUGGUGGAAUUUACAGGAUGCAUCUUUAUCAUACGACCCAGAGACGCCACCAGGUGAGAUCCAGAGCGAUGCCGUGUUUCGUGAAGGACAGACUCUCGGCGGGCACGUCACCUAUACACCUCGCCUCAUCGCCAUGGACCUCAAAGGAAGUCUUCGGACUCUGCGACAGGAGGGAAGUCUGUAUGAUGCCAGCAAAGAUCCCUCUGCUGUCACAUGGGAGGGGAGUCUAAUGAUGCAUAAAGAAAGUCCUCCUGCAAAGAACUCCUUUCUUGAAGAUCUGGACAAGCUGGAUAAGGGGGAGAUACUGGCUGAGGCGGAUUUUCUCUCCAGCUCACAGCCUCGCUGCUCAGUAGCAGAUUCAGUGAGCGUGGACACGGUGAACAGCCGGCUAGAUCGCAUCCAGAAGAGCUACAGGCUGGAGGGCAGCGUGAAGGUGUGGUCUGACUUUCUCAGGAUCCACCUGCAUCCUCGCACCAUCUCCGUCAUCCACCAGUACAACCACGACGGGGAGGCUCACCGUCUGGAGGCUUUUGGCCAGGGAGAAGCUCUCCUGCAGGGGUCGGUGCUCGAAGAUCUGGAGGACAAACUACACUUCUUCAUAGAGGAGUGCGAUUAUCUUCAGGGUUUCCAGGUGUUGUGCGACUUCGCCGAUGGUUUCGCUGGUUUGGGGUCAAAAGUCACAGAAAUGCUACAGGACUGUUACGGUGGGAGAGGCAUCCUAACCUGGGGGCUGGCACCUGUCAGUCACCCAAACUCAACUCCGAUGAAGGAUCUCUACCGUCUGUUAAACUGCACAUUAGGGACGGUGAACAUGGCCAGUCACAGCUCUUUCUUCUGUCCGUUGACCCUGCGUGGUGGACUGGGCAGACGACCCUCCUCUCCUGUGGCCUUUCCUCACCUAAAUUAUGAUCCCUCACUGUGGUACCACUCCAGCUCCGUCCUGGCGUUGGCCUUGGACGCGCUCACUGUGCCGUACAGGCUGAGAAACAACAGCGUCCCCAUGUGGCAGGUUGCAGAUGCACUGACCAUGUCAGGGAGAAAGGUGGUGGCUGCUUACGGUGCCGUCCCCUUUCCCAUGAUGCAUGGCGGCUCUCUCCCUGACGCCCUGAGUGCCUAUGCGGAUUCGUUGCCAUGGAAACCUCUAUCAACGUGCUCAGAACCAGGCGACGGUCGAUGCUACGGCCAGUGGGCCACACUCAAAGGCUUUGAGGGCCAGAGACUGAUCAGCUCUUUGGCUCCAGGGACGCAGCCCCCGACUCCUCUGCACAGCCUCUACAGCGGGGAAGACGUCCUGGCAUCGUACAUCAGAUCUUUCUACCCUACAGCUCCUCUGGCUCUGCAGCUGGUGUCCACUCCCAGUAAGCUGACCCCACCUUUCCCUCAGAUGUUCAGCCAGUCCCUCUGUGCUCAGGGCUUCCUGGAGAGCCAAUCCCCUCCGCCUGGCUCUCUGGCCCCCGCAGUCUCCUCUGUACCCGUUAUGACUUCCCUCCAGUCGGGGCCCGCACUCGACCCGUGGCUGUCGGAGCUGCACCGCGGCGCCAGCUCUUUCGACAUCCGCCGCGUGGCCCCAAGCUUUCUCUCCCAGGGGCCUGAAAUGGCGGACUACCAGGAGGCUCUAGAGCAGCUGCGCCUUCUGGCCCGGUGUUACCGAGAUGACAGCAGUGGUGUGAUGCGUUCUUCCUCUGAAGAGGAUGAUGAUGACUGACACUGACGGUCUCGGUCCAUGAUCUGGAGACACUAAUGUCUACUAAUCUGACAGGAAUCAGUCUGCUUUGUUUACCAGCCUGCAUGCACUCAAACACACACACACAGGCAGAUGAGAAGGAGCUGCGUCUUUCUGAAGGACCAGGACUGGAUCACGUGGUGACAGAAAGAAGUUAACGGUUUUACACCUUGUAGGUUGAAAAAUAAUAAUAAUAAUACUGAUAAAACUCUGCUGCAAAUGAGGGAAUAUUAAUAAGUUUGAGAAAGAAUUACAAAUGUAGUAUUCAUAUGAUGGAUGCAAAUGUAUGGACUGUUGUUACAUUUUCCUCAAAUGACUGUUUGUCUGUAAUUAAAUGUAUUUUAUACUAAGUGUACAUUAUAAAUGCACCGUUUUACAGAAA